UUCGUGGCCGAAUCAUUAGCAUAUGCUUUGUCAUUUGUUCUUCCAAAUAUAAUAAAAUUGCCAUAGACCUUUGCUCCCACAUUCCUUCCGGUAGCGUCGGAAUUAGCUAUUCGACGACAUGGAAACAUCUGUCACCUCUGCCGCCGGGGCCACCCUUUUGCCCUCCUCUACGGCCGUCGUUUGCCGCCGACGUCGAUGGAUUCUCCUAUCCAACAAAACUAACAGACGCGAAUAUACUCUCAAGAGAGGAAUUGAAGAUAGUUCUCCGCUUUUCAAUAAAUUUUCAAAGCGAACUGCUACGUCAGUCUCCGGAACUUCAUCUGCCUUCAUGAAGACGAUGAUCUCGAAUGGAUAUGGUGGUAGAAAUUCGAAUGUCAACAAGAUUUACAAGCAAUUGGAAUCUUGUUUAGUGAUACCGCCGCCGAGGGGUAGGCCACCUCGCGCUAUCAUCAAGUUCCUCGGCGGCGCUUUCAUUGGAGCUAUUCCUGAAGUCACUUACAGCUACUUAAUUGAGUUUUUGGCAAAGGAAGGGUUUCUGAUCAUCUCAGUACCUUACAAUGUGACUUUCGAUCAUGCCGAUGCCGCGAGACAAGUAUUCGAGAGGUUUCAUGUCUGUUUGGAUACCGUUUUAGCUUCCGGAUUGCCCGAUGAAGAUAUUUCACCUGCUCAACUCGUUAACCUUCCUCUAUUUUCUGUGGGUCAUAGCAAUGGCGCGCUUCUACAAGUACUCACGGGGAGCUAUUUCUCUGAGAAGAUACCUAAGGCUAAUGCUAUAAUCUCCUUCAACAACAGGCCAGCAACAGAGGCCGUUCCUUACUUCGAGCAGUUGGGCCCUUUAACCAGUCAGAUGAUGCCAGUUGUACAAGCAUCUCCAGUGUACUCAAUGGCCAGGAGUGCCUCAGACAAUGCAAGGAAGAUAUUGCUCGAUGCUGCUGGAGCUAUUGUUCCAGACAGUGAUCGAGAAGUCUUGAAUUCUCUGACCAAAUUUGUUGAUCAGUUGCCCUCUGUGUUUGACCAGGUGACAGAAGGGGUUUCGGAGUUCAGGCCAACUCCAUCUGAGAAUCGAGAUUGCUUCAAGUGUAAUUACAAUAUCCAAAACACUCUCUUGGUGAAGUUCAUUUCAGACACGAUUGAUGAAACCGAUCUACUUGAACAAACACUGAAGCCUCGCGUCGAGGCUAUCAAUGGCACACUUGAGAAGGUUGAGUUAAGUGGAAACCACAUCACACCAUGCGUACAGAUCAACUCAACUUUGAAGCUGCAGCACAAAUUUCAAAGCCAGAUGAAGAACCAAAGAAACAGGUUAGAAGGAGACGCCACAGCCGGCGGCGGCUUUACAAGGAAGUGCCUUUGGAUAUGGCUGAGGCUAGGAGAGAGAUUGUAACUGCACUUAAGCUCCAUAGAGCAUCAUCAACCAAAGAAGCUGCAAGAGAGCAGCAACAAAAGCAGGACCAAGAAAGUAAACAAUCAUUUCCUCUGUUUCCUCAAUUUGGCCAAUGUUUUGAAGCUGAAGGAAGAAGGAAAUCCAGAAGAAACCCCAGGAUAUACCCAGAUUGUUCAUAUGAUUGCUCAUUUUAUUUGGAAAAUGGGUCUGGUCUUGUUGCUCCUCCACCUGAGAAUCUCAAUACAGAAAUCCCUAUACAAACCUUUGAUGAUGAUUUCAAAACUUUGGAUACUUGUUCUUCAUUUUGCUCACUUUCA